AUGGCGACUGAGGUGAUGAUCAAGCCUGACGGCGUCCAGCGCGGUCUGGUCGCGCCAAUCCUGGAGCGCUUCCUGAGCAAGGGCUACACCCUGCGUGGCCUCAAGUUCCUGAACGUGUCCAAGGAGCACGCCGAGCGCCACUACGCCGACCUCUCCUCCAAGCCCUUCUUCGGAGGCCUCAUCGAGUACAUCACCAGCGGCCCCGUCGUGGCCAUCGCCCUGGAGGGCAAGUGCGUGGUGGAGCAGGCGCGCAAGAUCAUCGGCGCCACCAACCCCCUGGCGGCCGAUCCUGGCUCCAUCCGCGGCCAGUUCUGCAUCGACAUCGGGCGCAACAUCAUCCACGGCUCCGACACCGUGGAGAACGCGCAGAAGGAGCUGGCGCUCUGGUUCCCCGAGGGCCUGGUGGACAACACCCCCGUCCUCUACUCCCAGAUCUACGAGUGA